AAAAAAAAAAAAAAAAAAAAAAAGCAUCUGGUCUCUUUAUUUCAAGGGCUCUUGAAAAACGUCACAUUUCCUCCCCUCUCCGAAGAAGAGCAUUGUGGGUAAUGUAGUUGCACAUCACGUGGGUCGUUUUUCCUUUCUCAAUGAGCACAGCACUCUCAAACUAAUAACCUCCAAACUGUAAAAUGAAUCCAUGAUGAUUUAUUCACGUCCCUUACAUAGCUAGAUAGAGUGCAUAGAUAAAAGUUAUGAGUAUUUUUAUUUUUCAUGAUAGGCUACAUACUAACGCACUGUGUCAGAUGUAGCGACUCAGUAGAGUUGAGUCUAAAAUAGGCUGUGGUGAACGAGAGAGAGUUCGGAGUUUAUCCCCGGAACACUGGGAAUACACCCUGGAUGUGGCGCCUGUUUGUCCCGGGACACCAUGUACACACAUUCACACACUCGUUUAGCUCCACCGGUUCACCUACUGGAAUGGUUUUGGGAGGAAACCAGAGAACCCAGAGGAAACCCACUGGAGGAAACCGGAGAACCCAGAGGAAACCCACUGGAGAACCCAGAGGAAACCCACAAGCAUGGAAACACUGCACAGACUUUAAGUGGGGACUUUGGAGCUGUGAAUGUGAACUUUUUGCGCUACAGUGUGGAAGCUAGGACUAAAUUAUUAAUUAAUUAAUGCUUGUAUUUAUUUAUUUAUUUUGCAUGUGCUGAAAAGCUGUUUGGUUUUUAAUCUCUGAUUAAAUUCGCUUUAACCUGAACAUCAACAUUUUCAACAACAGUGCUGCAGUAACCAAAUCAUUUCCUGGCAGUGUUACGCAUUCCUGACAUGGCUAAACUAAUUCAAAGCUUCCUUUUCUUCUUCUUCUUGUUAUUAUUAGUACUAUUAUUAGUAGUAGUAGUUUUAUCAGUGUAGUGUAGUAUACUAGUAGUCAUUAAUGGUAAAUAAUUAGAAUAAAGCUAAUAAUAACUUAACCAAUAGCCUAAAUACUAGGCUGCUAUUGCUAUAAUGCUAGGUUAUAGUGCAGUGCAUUUCUAACACUCAGUAUGCUGUAAGUAAGUAAACAAACAAACAAACAAACAAAUAAACAUUCUUUUAAAAAGCAUCAUUGUGCUAUUUCGUUUUUAAAAAAUGUAGAAUUGUUUGAUUUGUCAUUUCUCUCGCGUUCGGUUGAGCCUCUUGAAGAUGCCGCUGCUUGAUUCCAUGGAAACGGAUCAUUCCACUUGGAGCUGGAGACGGGGGGAGCGUGAUGCGUUACAAGGAUCAAACGCAAACGGAAAAUAGCGAACUGUUCUAAAACUACACUCUAGAACAUAUUAACAACAAACAAAUAAACAAACAAACAAACAGAUAAAUGCGUAAAGAAGUGUGCAUCUGCGCUGAUGGAUAUGGGUGUGUCCCCUACAGCAUCAGUGGAAGUUGCGGUGUGACUGAACACGCGCGCGCUGUGUUACUGCUACUACUAAACACCGGUUUGUUUAUUUGUUUAUUUUCUUCUCGGUAAAAAAAAAACAACAACAAAAAAUCAGUCGUUAACGAGCGCGAGAUGCCGUGUAACCCGAGCCGGAUGAGAGCGCGAGAUCGCGGGGACGUGCUGGGGCGCGCGGAGUUCCUGUCCCUGCAUCAGCCGCAGCGUAAUGGCGGCGCGGCGCGGAGAACGAGCUCCACCAAACCGCAGCAGCAGCACGAGCACGCGCCGCAGCCGCCCGGUGACGGCGGGAAGGAGCGCGCGGAGGCGCCGCGGUGGCCGGAGGAGGACUGCAUGCGGUUAAACCCGUCCCUCAGGGGCAUCGCGGUCAGCUCGCUCCUGGCCAUCGACAUCCACCUGUCCAAGCGCCUCGGCGUGUGCGCGCACGCGUCGUCCUCCUGGGGCAGCGCGCGCUCCGUCGUCACCCUGCUCGCGCUCACCGGACACGGGCUCACGUGGAUCGGCGGCACGUUGGUGUGUCUGACCCGCAGCAGCACCGAGGCCGGACAGGAAGUGCUGAUCAACCUGCUGCUGGCGCUGGUCCUCGACAUCCUGACGGUGGCCGGGGUGCAGAAACUGGUGAAGCGCAGAGGACCGUGGGAAAUGAACCCGGGCUUCCUGGACUGCGUGGCCAUGGACGUGUACUCGUUCCCGGCAGCUCAUGCCAGCAGGGCGGCGAUGGUGUCCCGGUUCCUGCUGUCCCACCUGGUCCUGGCUGUACCGCUGCGGGUUCUGCUGGUCCUGUGGGCCUUUCUGGUCGGACUCUCCCGGGUUCUGCUCGGGCAGCACCACGUGACCGACAUGGCGUGCGGCUUUGCGCUCGGUUCGCUCCAUUUCAGCCUGGUGGAGACGGUGUGGCUGUCAUCCAGCGCCUGCCAGACGCUGCUGUCUAUAGGGACGCUCACCUGGAACCCCUUCCGUUAACACACACACACACACACACACACACACACACACACAUUAGCAUUUAGCUUUUAAUUACGUUCAAGAUCGAGCUUUUUUUGCUUAGCGGUGCACUAAACUAACAAAAUCGUCCCGCUUGGUGCUCUGGGUUUUUGGUAAACCUCGACAUCCAUUUUCAAAAGAACGACGUUACAUGUGAUAUUACUCCGUAUUUGUUUACUACGUGUUUGCGUCUUUAGUUCUUAAGGCUAAUAUUAAAAAAAAAAAAAAAACUGGUAGCCUAGCAACCUGAUGCUAACUCUGAAGCUGACAUUACUUUAGUUAUAAUCUGACUGAAGAAUCGAUGGAGAACUUUAUUCAGGAAUUGCGUUAACGUUAGCGUUGAAACGUGAUCCACGAAUUAUUAUGGAUUAGCUUUAAAAGACAGGGGGUGCUAAGCUAACGGCUAAGCUAACACGUUCAAAUGCUGGAACUCUAGAAGUUUUACGAGGACGUCGUCGCACUGAAAGCCGAGGCGCUGCACAAACAGACGCCACAAUCUCAUUCGUUAGCUGAACAAGGUUAGCUAGAUGAAACGUGUCCGUUAUAAGCAGCUCCUCGGUAAGAGCAUGACCUAGCCUUAGGUCUAGCAUUAGCUAGCUAGUUUUUUGAUGCGGAUUUUAGGCUAGGUAGGUCUGUAAAAACAAUAUAAUCCAAGCAUGUUUGCUAACUAGCGAGCUAAGCCUGUUAAAGUAUUGCUUAGUUCACUGAUAUGACAGUUAGCUACUUAGCUGAGAUUAAAUGAGUGCUGCACUUUAUUCAUUUAUUUAUUUUCCCUCCUGUAACCACGAACAUCUUCUGUCACCUUGGAAACGUGUCCGACUCGAUAGCUGUCGGUAGAAACGGUCGUGCUUAUGAAAACUCGUACAAUUUUUUGCUUCAGAUGGCAUCGUUACUGUCGUCCAACACAGACAGCUAAAGCUUCACACUGUGAGUCAGCGUUUAGGAGCACAAAAUGGCCGCCGACAUAAAUACCAGUGCUAGGCUACACUGAAGCACAAAAUGGCCACCUCCGUAAUUAACGUACCAGUGCUAUGCUACAUUGUGAAGUUUAGCUGCUGUUUAUGGAUGACAGGAAGUUCACUGGUGUCCUGAAUCACAUGUGUGUGUGUGUGUGUGUGUGUGUGUGUGUGUGUGUGUGUGUUCGUUCAGUCACUCUGUUAGCUACUAUUAGCUUCAAGAACUAAAGAAACAAACAUCGGACAUUCUUUUUUUCCUCUUAUUCCUCGGCUUAAGCCGAAUUCAGCUAGGCCCCACCGACUAAUUUCCUCCGUGAUUUAUUCAUUUAUUUUUAUUUAUUUAGCUAAUUUGCAUAAUAUGCGAAACCUACUUUUGCAAACUAGCCUCACGAUUUCCACAAAAUUUACACCGAACUACACAUAAGAGUGUGAACCUCAAUAAUGGCAAUUAUCAAAAAACGUGUCGAGGUUUGUAAACAAUAUGGCCACCACACGUCAAUCAAUUCUAAGGAGGCGGAGCCUAAUUUAAUUAAACAACUGUAACUCAUGAAUGCGUCCGUGGAUUCGAGCGAAACUUGAAAGCCAUAUACAGGACAAGAUUCUUAGGUCAUAUGCAAUGUUUGGGGAGUGUGAUCAUGAAUAAGGGGGCGGGGCUUAAUUCAGAUAACUGUUGUUAAGGAACCAUAAGUCCGAUCGAGCUGAAAUUUGGUAUAUUCCGUCUGUGUGACGAUCUCUACGUGGAUUUUUUGAUGAUGACCUAGUCGCUUAAAAAACAUGGCUGCUAUCGGCCAAUCAGAUUUCAGCAGGCAUUUGUCAGAGUUAGCAUUGAGCUUUCGUCACAAACUUUGAUAAUGAUGUUCACCUACGAUCUGUUUAAUUGUUUAUAUAAAAUUAUAAGAACUGGGUUACUAAUUUAUCAUUAUUAUUUUUUCUUUUCUUUUUUUCUUAGUGUGUUAAUGUGCUGUUUGUGUGUGAAUGUAUUUAUUUGUUUUUACUCCAUGCUGCUAUUAUUUUAUCCUAAAAAAUUUUUUGCAGACUGUCUGAAGGUACAUGAGUAAUGUUAUGCCUUAUUGUGCAUGCUACUUUACUAUUUUAUUAUUUAUUAUAAUGAAUUGAUUUAUAUAUUGUAAAUAUACUGUAAAUUAUCCAUUGAGGUUGUUUGUGGUUGGUGGCUGAAUUCUUUUUAUUAAAAUAAUUUGCUGUAUUAUGUUGAGAGAAAUGCGCACAGGGAUUUUAUUAUUGUUUUUUUUUUAUUAUUAUUUGAUUAUUUAUUUUCCUAUUUUAAUUAUGCUUCUUCUCAAUCCUUCUGUGUUAAAAUACCUUUUUAAAAAGACAAUAAAUCUUAAAUAAAUAUUCUUUCUUC